AUGAGCCAAGAAAUUGAUGAUGCUUCCCAAAGUGAUGUUCGGGCCAGAACUUUACGAUAUAGUACUGUUUUUUUUCAAGGACUAUUAAAUGAAGAUAAAAAUAAACGUUCAAAGGAAUUGAAAAAAAUAGAAAGCGAUGUAAACAAAUUGGUAAAAUUAUGUUAUCCUCCUGGAUUAUCAACUCCUAACAAUACAAAGAUUGGUGAUAAUACAAUUGGAUCCACAACUAGAUCAUCUCCAUUACUCAGUAAUGGGUCAGCAUCAGCAAAUGCUUCAUCUGCUGCUUCACCAACGCCAAACUUGGAUGGUGGUAAUGAAUUAUCUUUCAAUAUUAAUAACAUUAAUAAUAAUAUUAUUAAUAAUAUUUAUAACGUUAAUAAUAUUAAUAAUAUUAAUAAUAUUUAUAACAUUAAUAAUAUUUGUAAAAUUAAUAACAUUAAUAAUAUUAUUAAUUUGGUCAAUAAUAACGUUAAUAAUAUUUCUGAUACUUCUUCCUCAGUUACUUCUCCCAAUCCGGCUCAUGAAGUUAAUCCCUCUGAUCUUUUAAGUGUGGUUAAUAAUAAUGAUAUUGAAAACGCUGGAGAGAUACGUGAUAGUCGUCGAAAUUCUGAAGAUAAUAAUCGUCGAAUUUUACUUGAGAAUGUUAAUAAAAUCGCUGGAGAGAUACGUGAAAGUCGUCGAAGUUCUGAAGAUGAUGAGGAUGUUAAUAAAAACGCUGGAGAGACUUUAAGAAUACUUAUUUUAGCAAUGUUGCGCAUGUCCAUCGAUUGUCCUCUUGCUGACAUUCGUGAAGUGUUUCAAAAAUUUUUAAUAGAAUUAAGGAGAAUAGGAGUUUCCGUUCCAAUACCAAUUCACCCUACUCCUUCAAGAUAUAUACUACCGGAAGAUACGUUAACAUUAGAAUGGCUUUCUCAUUCCAGAACUCCUUCAUUCAGUAAUGAUGAAGGUGAAGUAUCACAACCAUCUCCAUCCGAUAAUGAUGAGGAUGAAGUAUCACAACCAACUUUAUCCCCUCCGGAAAAUGCCUCCACCAUUGUAGGACGACAGCCAGAUGCUUCCGCUCGAGAAUUAAUGAUUAAUACUUUUAUUGAUAAAGGAAGAUUAAGUCAUUAUUAUAGAAUAUUAUCUUAUUUUCCAAGUUUCAUGAAAAUGUAUCAAAGUUCAUUUUCUGCGAUAAUAGAAUCAACCGGUGGUCCUUUAAGAAAAUCUGAUAGAUAUUAUAUUGCAAUUAUGGCCGUAUCUCAACAUAAAUCUCAAUAUCUUAUUUCAAAACUUAAGAAUGAAUUUUUACUUCACGGUGGCGAGGCUAAAUGGUUAGAUGGAUUACAAAAUGUCCCAGUAAAGAUUAAAAAACUUGCUCAAAUAAAUAGCAUUUUAGCACAUCAACCAUGGCGUCUUCAAAAAAGCCAUAUUGGUGAUCUUAUUAGAGGUCCAAAUCCUCCUGAUAAUUGGGCUGUUCCAGAAGUUGUUCAUAUUAUCUCAAUCCUUAGCACAUUUCAUAGUUUAAGUAGUUUUGUAAUUAGUUGUGGUAUCGUUCCUGAAUAUGAUUGUUUAGGUGGAUAUCAAAAUGAUGAGGAAACAACGACAGGUUCUUCUCUUGGACUACAUGAUAAUUCACACCAAGCCUCACAAGAGGUAGCAAAAGGCAUAGGAAUCACAUUAAAUAAUACAGAUACCACAGAAGCAAUUGUCGAUGAGCCAAUAAAUGAGAUUAACCCAGAUACCACAGAAGAAACUGUCGACAAGUCAAUAAAUGAGACGACUGGGUCAGAAUCUUCUUCUCCGUCAUCACCAUCGGAAAAACCACCUAAUACUCCUGUCAGUUUACGUUCUAAUGAUUUUUCUCUUUAUCUCGAUCCUCCAGAAAUUGAGAUUACAUAUGAUGACUUUUCAUUCUUUUCUGAAGAAUAUGCACCACUUAUGCUCCGAGAUUAUAGUUGGGCCGAUCAAGGAGUUGUAAUGGUGAAUAAUUUUUUACCAAGUGUCGGCGAAUUAUUGGAUCAAGAAUUCUCUGAAAUUAUAACGGCUGAUUAUAGCAAUGUAUCACCACUUUGUCAUCAAAUCUGGGUCUAUGUACAAAGACUAUUAGGUUUACAAGAGGACUAUAUUAAUGAUGACGAACAACCACUUGAUGAUGAUAUUAAGAAUUAUCUAAAAAAGGUAUGUACUAUGCCUGAAUCUAUAACAGAGGAAGAUUGGAAAAAUGUAAAUUACCAACAUACAGAGGAGAAAUGUCACUUAACCCUUAUUGCAGUUGAAGCACGCAAACAAGCCGAAUUAAUGUAUGGUUUACGGAAUGUAAUGAAAUGGAGAAAAGCAAUAAGUGAAAAAAAUUAUGACAAUGAUGACGAAAAAUAA